CUGUGAGCCAGUGAAAAAUGGUACCACCCAGACGAAGACCCAAGACGCCAGCCAAUCAGCGAGCAGACAGGAAGCGAAGGCCGGUGGCAAGCGCAAAAAUCACAUUGUGCUUUAUCAAUUUUCCCGACACUGAUGGUGUGACGUUUAUGCUUUAGAGCUUCGGAAAGCAGCCAAAAGCCAACAUGAGUGACAAGAAGGCGGUGAUCAAGAAUGCGGACAUGUCUGACGAAAUGCAGCAGGACGCGGUGGACUGCGCCAUGCAAGCCUUGGAAAAGUACAACAUCGAGAAGGACAUCGCCGCCUACGUCAAGAAGGAGUUUGACAAGAAGCACAACCCCACGUGGCACUGCAUCGUGGGCAGGAACUUUGGCAGCUACGUGACGCACGAGACCAAGCAUUUCAUAUACUUCUACCUCGCCCAGGUGGCAAUCCUCCUCUUCAAGUCGGGCUGAAUUCCUCUGCCAUGUACCCACAAAGCACAUUGCACCACCUCAUCAGCCUGGAAUACGCCCGUGCAGUGCCCUCCUGGUGGGGACCACGGAGAAGGUGUUUCAGCGUCUAUAGUGACAGACAUGUGGACAUUGCACAUUUAUUUCACUUGGGUGUUUAAUUGAAAACGAGCAACUUUUUAUAGAUUCAACUCAUCUGCCAGAAUAAAAAAAAGUGAUGGUGAAACCAGUUUUGCUUAAA